UUGUAUGCAUUGAGAUGGGAUAAAUAUCCCCAGCUGGCAGCUGGAGAUCCGGAUGGUGCAAAAGCAUGAACCAGAAACACUGCUUUUCUUUUUCCUUCAUUUCUUUUGCAUGAAAUUAAAGUAAUCUUUUCGGAGUGUCAUAUGGAAAGAUAGAUGGAUUUCUUGAGCUGUAUAAUAUGUCUUUGCCUCAUCUGUUUUAUGUUGAUCAAAACCUUCCAUAUAUUUCCUAGAAGCAAAGCAAAUCGCAAAAGGCUUCCACCGGGUCCAAAACCUUUUCCGGUCAUCGGAAACCUCUUAGAACUCGGCGAUAAACCCCACAAAUCCCUGACGAAGCUUGCCAGAGCUCAUGGCGCCAUAAUGAGCCUAAAACUAGGCAAAGUGACAACAAUAGUAAUCUCUUCAGCAGACAUCGCCAAACAAGUCCUCCAAACACAUGACCGGUUCUUGGCCGACCGGACCAUCCCGGACGCAAUCCGAGUCUACAACAGCGACGAGUUCAGCUUGCCAUGGAUACCCAUUUCAAGCCGCUGGAGGAGCCUCCGGAAAAUAUGCAGCGGCGAACUAUUCGCCAACAGAAUACUCGAAGCCAACGAAGAUGUCCGGCACAAGAAAGUGCAAGAGCUCCUCGCCGAAACUCGUCAGUGCAGCCUAACCGGCGAGGUGGUGGAGAUUGGGAAAGCAGCUUUCAAGACGACGCUUAAUCUCUUAUCAAACACCAUCUUUUCUGUGGACUUGGCCGGCCGGGAUUCCGACAAGGCCGGAGCGUUGAAGGAGCUCAUCUGGAAUAUCAUGAAAGAGGCGGGGAAUCCCAACUUGGCAGAUUUUUUCCCUGUGCUUAAGAGGAUCGACCCUCAAGGCAUAAGGCGGCGGAUGGAAGGUCACGUUAGAAAGAUCAUGGCGCUGUUGGACCGCUUGAUCUGCCAACGGUUGCAGUCGAGGAAAGAGUCCGGUUGUAUCACAGACGGUGAUUUCUUAGAUAUCCUUCUCAGCAUCAGUGAAGAGAAAAGUGAGGAGAUGGACAGAACUACGAUAUUGCAUCUACUCCGGGACCUAUUUGUUGCGGGAACUGAUACAACUUCAGCCACACUAGAAUGGGCGAUGGCAGAGCUACUCCACAACCCAGAGGUACUCUCAAAAGCAAAAACAGAGCUGGAGCAAGUAAUUGGCAAAGGCAACCCAAUGGAGGAAUCGGAUAUUGCUCGGCUACCUUACUUACAAGCAGUAAUGAAAGAAACAUUUCGGCUGCACCCGGUAGCUCCUUUCUUAAUACCCAGGAAAGCCGAAGCAGAUGUGGAAAUCAAUGGCUAUGUUAUCCCACAGGGUGCACAAGUGCUAGUGAAUGCAUGGGCUAUAGGCCGAGACUCGAGCUCAUGGAAGAAUGCGAAUUCAUUUAUGCCGGAGAGGUUCUUGGGGUCGGACAUUGAUUUUAAAGGCCGGAACUUUGAGCUUAUACCCUUCGGUGGUGGAAGGAGAAUAUGUCCAGGUUUACCAUUGGCAAUACGAAUGUUACACUUGAUGUUAGGUUCUCUUAUCCACACCUUUGAUUGGAAGCUUGAAAAUGGGGUUAAACAUGAGGAUAUGAACCUGGAUGAUAAGUUUGGCUUAACUUUGCAGAUUGCUCAUCCUCUAAGAACUGUCCCUAUUCCCCGUUUAAAAUAGGACUAAGAGUUCACUUGGCCGCUGCCAUUCUAUUUGAUGUAUUUGUACUUCAAUAUAAAUUUAUGUAAUUUUGUUGGAAGCGAAUAAGAAACAUAGCUUGUCAUGUUGAUGAUCA